CCGUUGUCUGAGUUCGAGGGCGUUUUUCCUAGCUCAGGACCAGAGAUUUUUUGGGUGGUGGCUGUUUGUUUAACAACUUCAGAAUUCCUCUGAUCAAGUUACUCUAAAGGCAAUAGGUUUGGGAAAUUUCCCGCUGAUACUUUUCUUGUGACUGAAUCCCCAUCUAAUAGCUGCGAUCCUUGUUUUUCUCUUUGGGAAAACAAGUUAAAUUAACAAAGGGUGGUUUUACUAGCUAGCUCAAAGAGGCUACAUUAGCUGGCUUGCUAGCUAGUUAGCUAACUUACAGAAGCGUCAAAAGAACGCAGCGCACAGAUGCAGGCCAUAAAGUGUGUAGUCGUGGGAGACGGUGCGGUGGGUAAAACAUGUCUUCUGAUCAGCUACACCACCAAUGCCUUCCCAGGGGAGUACAUCCCCACUGUAUUCGACAACUACUCAGCCAAUGUGAUGGUAGAUGGGAAGCCAGUGAACCUGGGCCUUUGGGAUACAGCUGGGCAGGAGGACUAUGACAGGCUCCGUCCUCUCUCCUAUCCUCAAACGGAUGUGUUCUUGAUUUGCUUCUCGCUCGUGAGUCCUGCCUCCUUUGAAAACGUCCGUGCUAAGUGGUACCCUGAGGUUAGACAUCAUUGCCCGAACACUCCAAUCAUCCUGGUGGGGACCAAGCUUGAUCUGAGGGACGACAAGGACACCAUCGAGAAGCUGAAGGAGAAGAAGCUCACUCCCAUCACCUACCCACAAGGCCUUGCUAUGGCCAAAGAAAUCGGCGCAGUGAAGUACCUUGAGUGCUCCGCCUUGACACAGCGCGGCCUUAAGACAGUUUUCGACGAAGCCAUCCGAGCAGUACUGUGCCCGCCGCCCGUCAAGAAGAGGAAGAGGAAGUGCUCACUACUCUAAAUCCUGAUUGCCCAGAAACGAACCGGCUGCAAUCUGAGCUCACCUUGGAAAGCGUGAGGGAAGGGGGAAGGGAGGGAGGCAGGGGAGAUGAGAGUAGAGGAGGGGAAGAGAGGAGUUGUGCAGAACGUCUCGGGAAGACGAGAGAAGACGCACCAUAUGCAUACUGAUAUGUCAUUCUCUCUCGUAUUGUAAUUAGUACUACUUAUAUUCAAUCGACUUUUAUUCCUAAGACCCUAGAAUUAAUUGUCAGCUCUGGAGAAGGGCGGGGAAGGAUGCCUCCGGCCACAUUUUCCCGUACACUAAGAAAUUCCUGCUGCCUUCUAAUAAUGUUCUUUCUUUUGUUUUUAACUUUGAUGCAAAAGGUAACAUAAAUACUCCUUUUUUUCUUCUCUCCCCCUGAGAGCCCAUAUAUUUUGUUUACAGUCUGCAACUGAGUAGAAAUGGAGGUUUUGCCAAAAUUCAAACUGCAGAUCAUGGAUUUUGCUUGAAAUCUACACUAAGUCCUUUUUAUUGAUUUUCUUUUUUCUUUUUUUUUAAGGGUUUACACCUAUAGAAUAUGAAUCAUUCACAAUCUUGAAAAGAACGGUUUCACACAUGAGCAAAGAGAAUUAAGUGUAGUAAUUCAUUACUUUUAAAAGUUGUAGCUGAAAAAUGUACUAGACUGACGAUCAUUUUAGACAGUUCACUUUUGAAACGCUAUAUAUUGUGAAUCAAAUGAUCUCUUAGGCUACGUUCAGAUUGCAGGCAAAAGUGGCCCAAAUCUGAUUUUUUAUUUUUAAAGUGCACAUGUGACUCAGAUCUGUUUUUUUAUUUUCAUAACAGUGUAAACGGCACAAAUCACAUGGAAUCUGAUCUUUUCAAUUCCGAUUUGGACCACCUCCCUAUGUGGUCCUAACUCAGAAACCGGUCUGCUUUUUUUGCAAUGACACCUCAGUCUGAACAGUAAUGUUGGAAUUCGUGUGACUUUAACGUCGCUCUAGAUCGGCAUUCAGCAUAAGUCUGCGCUGGCGGGAGUCACUCUGUGAAUACAAACAUGGCAGUCUGCUGUGAUGGAGGAUAUUUAAAAAUCUUUCUCUUCAUCCAUGUCCUCGUUAUCACAAAUUCAUCUUAAAAAUGAAACACUGACUUAAGUGGCCGCCAAGUUUACAUCCAUAUGACAGUGUGCUACACGUGACGUUUUCGUUAUAGUUUUUUUUUGCGUAUGCUGGCCAGUUCAGGACCGUGACCAGUUCACACUGGAAUCUGAUAUCGGCCACAUUUAAAAAAAAAAAAAAGAGAAUAAUGUGAACAGCCAAACAAAAAAUCGGAUCUGAGCAAUAAAUCCGAAUUGAGCACUAAGGCUUGCAGUGUGAAUGUAGCCAUAGAUUAUAUACUGUGUAGUUGUCACUGCUAUAUCAGUCAUGUAAGCAGAAUUAUCAUUGAAAAUAUUGCUCAGCCAUCCCUGUGCUUUAGCUACCCUGCCUGUAGACCUCUAGUGUAGCUUACCUCUAAUGCGCAUAUGGAGAGGGUAUACAGUAUUUCAUGCAGAACAGGUAACAGCGGUUGUCUUGAUUCUGAAUCUACAGAUGUACUGGGUUAUGCAAUGAGCAAGCAAGGAUCCAUUUUUAAUUCUAUGGGCCCUUUUGGUUGAUUAGUCAAGAUGGAGGAUUCUGCGUAUGACGGUGUAUGUUUUAGUACUGAUCAGUGGAGAUGACUUGUAUUCUCUGUGGGAAGGUAUCAAAAUGUGUCCUUCAUAGUUCCAGCCCAGUCCCCACCACCAGUAAAAUGGAAAUUCUUAAUUAUGCAGCUCCAAGUAUGUUUUAUAAUGCUGUGUACUGCAGAUAUCAUGAUGUAAAUUUGGUCUUUUUUUUCCUUUAACAAAGCUAUUACUGUGUUUCUAUUGAAGCUAUGAACAAUGUAUUAACCAAUACCUCUGACAUAGAAAUUGUAACUGACCAUGUUGUCUUUGUUCCCUUUAAAAGUAUAGCUUUAAAUGGUCCCAUAUACAUUAGAAGCAGAGUCAAUAAAUACUCUAACCACUACUGUAUCGUUUCUGAAGUCUAAAAAAAAAAAAAGAUCAAAUUUGGUGGGCCUUUGUGGUUGGAUUGUGAUGGCUUUUUUUCUUUCCUUUCCUUUUUUUUGCCAUGCGGCCAGUGGCGUGAAGUAAGUUGUUGCUGUUGCAGUUUCAGAUGGACCAGCCACUCUUGAAAUAGUGAAGGCCACCACAUGUUUUCGGUCAUAUAUUUGGGUUUCAUCUUGAGUACAUCAUUACACAUUUGUCUUGUUUUAUUUUUCAAAUACAAAUAAAUGCAUCUAAAGUC